AUGGCCGACCGCGAGCAACCCUACGACCCCUACAUUCCCUCGGGCGGCAACGCCAGCCAGAACAAUGGCAACCAACGCACCGCCGCGCUCCAGGCUGAAAUCGACAGCACUGUCGGCAUUAUGCGCGAUAACAUCAACAAGGUGUCGGAACGUGGUGCCAGGCUAGACUCGCUCCAGGACAAGACCGACAACCUUGCUGUCUCCGCACAGGGCUUCCGCCGCGGCGCCAACCGCGUGCGCAAGCAGAUGUGGUGGAAGGACAUGAAGAUGCGCAUGUGCCUGAUCGUCGGAAUUAUCAUCCUGCUUGUUAUCAUCAUUGUGCCUUCUGUCGUCGCCACUCAGAAGAAAUAA